CUUCAUUUCCCAGAGUGCACCGCGUCUACAUGACUUUUGAACUCUGGAUAAAAACAAGCCGAUCAGCUGAUGUAAAAGCGACAACAUCAACAGGGGUCUGACACCAAAUAGCUCAGCUGGCUAACUUUUCUCACCGACGUUUGCCGUGUCUGCGUCCGUGUCGGUGUCGGCUCGGUGUUCGACCGUGUUCGUGUCCGCUUUUAGACCGCGAUGAGGCAGCACUUUAGUCCACAGAUAGCUCGUCGUCGGUCGGUCGGACUGGUAGCCUCUGCUAGGUCAGUCUGUUGAAACGAAGGUUGUUUGUUAUUUAUGAUAUAAAGCGGGUUUAAUCUAAGUGUCAUAUUUGACAUUAAGGGCUACUUUUAAAUAGCAACCUAUGAAGCAGAGCAGCUGAUGCCAUACAUAGUUAUUAGCAGUCUGGACAAGUGUGGUUAAAAUUAGCUGAGUGGAGUUGUUUUUCUAUAGACUGAAUACCCUCAACACCAAGAAGCUGCUAAGUUGAAUAUUUCACAACACAAUCUGUAUUUUAGAUGAGUAAAUUGACUUUAAAUUAAACAAAUCAUCCUGGAUAUAACUGUGACCCCUCCUCUAUACUGUAAUUGACUCUUCAUUAGUUGUCCUGACCUGUCAGGGUUGAGAUGAGUGGUCAAAGUCCAGCUGUAGACAAAGGCAUGAACACCGUCCUGGGCUGUCAGGAGAGCUACGCCUGCGGGGGUUCAGAUGAGGCCGCCUUUGAGUGCGAUGAAUGCGGCAGUUUGCAGUGUGUCCGCUGUGAGCUGGAGCUCCAUCGCCAGGAGCGGAUGAGGAAUCACGACCGGGUUCGGAUCGCACCGGGACAUGUCCCCUUCUGCGACUCGUGCAAAGGUGACAGCAGCUGUCCCGUCAACGGCGGGCGGCUCAGGGCGGUGGUGCGCUGCCAGGGCUGUAAGAUCAACCUGUGUUUAGACUGCCAGAAACGCACCCACAGUGGGGUCAACAAGAGGAAGCACCCCCUGACGCCUUACCCUCCUGUCAAAGCACCCCAGGAUAACAACGUGGGUGCGGGGGACUCACAGAUGGAGAUCCUGAGGGCGGAGCUGGAGAAGGUGUGCAGUUUCCUGUUGGUGGAUGAGAGGGAGGAGAUGCAGGUAUGUCAACUCAUUGCCAGUCCAAUCUAGGUUGAUUUAUAAAGCACAUUUAAAAACAAAUAAACACUGACUAAAGUGCUGUAGGGGAGAGUGGGGUAAGUUGAGCCACCCACUAUUGCUUGGAAAUGGUAAAGGAAAUGGAUCCAUCCAUUUUCUAUCCCCAGGGUCACCGGGGUGCUGGAGCCUAUCCCAGCAUCAUUGGGUUAAGGCAGGGGACACCCUGGACAAGUCGCCAGUGCAUUGCAUGGCUGACAUAUAGAGACAAACAACCAUCCACACCUACGUGCAAUUUGGAAGUGGCCAAUUAACUUAACCCCACUUUUGGGUGUUUUUGGGAUGUGGGAGGAAACCGGAGUACCUAGGAUAAACCCACGCAGACACAGGGAGAACAUGCAAACUCCACACAUGGAGAGUGGGGGGUAGUAGGGAUAUGGCUCAACUAACCCCGCUCCUACAGUAUGAUCAACUUAUCCCAUACUAAUGUGCAUUGCAAUAAUCAAGACGAGUUGUGAUAAAAGCAUGCAUAACUUCUGAAAAUCACUAAAAGAUAAAAGAGACUUGACCUUGUUUAAAAGACGAAGAUGAUAAAAAAAAUUAUACCCCCCAGAUAUUUUACAGUCUUUAAGAAACUAAUGAAUGUGUUGUCAUGGCAAUGAGGCUGAUCUUGUGUGAACUCACAGUUGAAGAACGAAGAAGACUUUGUCAGCAGACUGAGCUGCAAGCCGGAUGAGCUCCUCAAGGUGGUGUCCAUCUUCGGAAACACCGGUGAGGGCAAGUCCCACACUCUGAACCACACGUUUUUCCUUGGAAGAGAGGUGUUCAAGACCUCGCCCACCCAAGAGUCCUGCACUGUGGGUGUGUGGGCAGCUAUGGACCCUGUGCACCGGGUGGUAGUCAUCGACACAGAAGGACUGCUUGGAGCUGGUAUGGAACCAACAAUAGAUUUAAUUAUAUGGUUCAUUUAGGAGUUGCUGUGGCAAAUAUUUAUUCCACUUUUCCCUCCCACAGGAGCCAAUCAGGGUCAGCGAACACGACUUCUCCUCAAAGUCUUAGCCAUAUCUGAUGUAGUCAUCUACCGAACCCAUGCUGAUCGUCUCCAUGACGAUCUCUUCAAGUUUCUCGGGGAUGCGUCAGAUGCCUACCUGAAACAUUUCACCAAGGAACUGAAAGCAACCACAGCCCGAUGUGGUCUGGAUGUUCCGUUAUCUACUCUGGGUCCUGCUGUUAUCAUCUUCCAUGAGACCGUCCACACCAAGCUGCUAGGAUCAGGUACAGAAAUAAGGAGUGAGAGGUGCCUGCAACAGGUCAAAUCACAAUUUUCGCUCUCUUUUCUGACCUCUGACUGUCUGUGAUCUCUAGACAAGCCAUCUGAUUCAGCCGAGCGUCUUCUCCAGGAGCGUUUCAGAAAACUGGGUCUGUUUCCAGAAGCAUUCAGCUCCAUCCAAUAUCGGGGGACUCGAACCUACAACCCUCCGACGGACUUCAGCGGCUUGCUGCGCAGCCUGGAGCAACAGCUGGAUAACAACACUACCCGCUCGCCACGCUCGGCCAGUGUUAUCUUCAAGGCUCUGCAGGUAGUAACGCCUGAUUUAUGUAUUCAUAAUUUUGGGGUGAAAUGAUUCAGAAUUACUGAUAGUGAAGGUUGAUCACAAUUUCUGACCCUCGAUCCUUAACUGGCUUCUUCCUUUAGGCCCUGAGUGAAAGUUUCAGUGGGGAGAUUCCAGAUGAGCACAUGGCCAGUAACUCGUUCUUCCCAGAUGAGUACUUUACCUGCUCAAGCCUCUGCCUCAGCUGUGGGUAGGUGGCUCUCUCUUUAAAUGUGUGGUAUAAACUGUAAAAAUUCUUGGAUGUCAAAGCAGUCAUCUGAGAAAGGACAGGGAGCCUCGAAGCCACUGCUUAGUUGUCAGUUUGACCCACUCAGUGCCACUGUGAUGAAAAAACAGUGCGGUAUUUUCAUUUUUGAGUUCCUCCCUUUGGUCUAUAAAUAAGAGCAUGUAAUUAAAAAGAGUCUUUUUGAAAUCAUGAUAAAUGUUUCUGAAAGGAUCAGUCUGAAUAUAUCCAUGAAAAAAAAUAUGUGGUCCUUCAGUUCAGGCUGUAAGAGAAGCAUGAAUCACCUAAAGGAGGGACUCGACCACGAAGCCAAACAUCGCUGCCGCUACUCCGCCCAGUACGACAACCGUAUCUACACCUGCAAGGUAAACACAGACCCCAAAAACAUACCAAAUGACAUAUACCUCCUUUCAGAUCUUCAAAGUGUCUGUGUUUGUCUUUUCAGGCCUGCUACGAAGGAGGGAAGGAGGUAAUAGUUGUUCCAAAGACGACGGCCUCAUCUGACUCACCGUGGUUUGGUUUGGCCAUUUAUGCCUGGUCUGGGUGAGUCCAGCCGCCAGCAGUUUGGGAUUACUUCAAAUGUGUUUCCUGUUAGCUAAAAUUAUGCAGUACAUCUGCUUUUAUUAUGGAAAAGGAGGAAAUAUCGUUAAGUUAUGAUGCAGCCAGAAAUAGAUCUGCUAGUCAUUACUGGGGAAGUUUAAAUAAUAGUUCAGUGUAGGUAAAACACAUCAGCAUAUUCGAUUUCUAUGGUGCCCAAAGGCUGAGUCGCUGAAUUACUCUGUUAUCGCACAGGUAUGUUAUCGAGUGUCCCAACUGUGCAGUGAUCUACAGAAGCAGGCAGUACUGGUAUGGAAACCAGGACCCAGUGGAAACUGUGGUACGAACGGAGAUCCAGCACAUCUGGCCUGGGGUAAGGACACUGUGGAGCAGCUUUAAAGUUUGAAUAAUCAUGAUACAAGUCAAAUGAAUUUCGUUCAUGCCAGGAUAAGUAAUGCAAGAUUUGUUUGUGACCUCUUUUUAUAGAGAAACAUGUGUCAAUUUGGUUUUGCUGUAGUCUAGACAUUCCUGUUAUUGUGUCGUGUUCAAUAAGUCGAUGAAAUGUCAAAGAAGGGUGUAGCAGUGCACUCAGCUGAGUCUACUCUGCCUCCUUUUCAGUCUGAUGGCUUUUUGAAGGACAACAACAACGCUGCUCAGAGGUUGCUGGAUGGAGUCAAAUACAUUUCUCAGUCAGUGUCUGAACUCAGCGUCAAACCUGCCAAAGCUGUCACCUCAUGGCUGACUGACCAGAUCGCUCCCUCGUACUGGAAACCCAACUCCCUUAUCCUGGUAUGUUUGUAAAAACUUCCUAAUGGAAUCUAUUUAAAGGGAUAUUCCGGAAUAAAAUUAAGUCAAGGUCAAACACACCGUAACAUGAGUUAGACACCCCGUCGAGGGAUGAAUGUUGCCAACCACUUGCUUCUCUAGUUAUACCAACUUUAGUAACAACAGUACUAGCCACCAAACAUCUUUUUAGCUUUGCCUAAUUUUUUUUGCAUAGAGACUAAACACAACUCACCUACUCUCUUCCAGCAGCCGCUUGUUUGUACAGAGACCCCGGGCCAGUCCAUUAUGGACUACAGCGGAGUGACGCAGCUCAAGGAAGAACAUUUAUGAUCAUUUCUUUAUUGAUUAUUACUUCAAGGAAAUGAUAAAGAAAUGAUCAUAAAUGUUCUUCCUUGAGCUGCGUCACCCCGCUGUAGUCCAUAAUGGACUGGCCUGAGAUCUCGCUACAAACAAGCAGCUGUUGGAAGAGAGUGGGUGAGUUGUGUUGGCUGUCUGUAUUGCUAUCGUGCUGUUGUUACUGAAGUUGGUAUAACUAGAGAAGCAGGUGGUCGGCAACAUUCAUCUCUCGAGGGGGUGUCUAACACGGUGUUACGGUGUGUUUGACCCUAACUUAAUUUUAUGCUGGAAUAUCCCUUUAAGUGUUUUUUAUGGAAUUAUGCUAAAAGCCUGGUGUUGCUUGUGUUGUAGAAAUGCCAUAAAUGUGCAGAAGAGUUUCAGCCCAACGACACAAAGCACCACUGUCGGGCUUGUGGCGAGGGCUUCUGCGAUUCCUGCUCCUCAAAAACACGGCCUGUCCCGGAGAGGGGCUGGGGACUCGCACCUGUCCGAGUCUGUGAUGCCUGUUUCCACAACAGAGGAAUCCCAACUGGUAAUAGAAAUCUGCUUCUCCUUUUACACCCACUACAGCCCAAGACGCUUGUGCACAAACUUGAUAUCAGUUUUUGUUUACUGGAUUUGUUUGUUGUGCUGCAGAGCUGCUGGAUGCUGCCUUGGAGGAGGAGGGAGGCACGCUGAUAGCCAGGAAAGUUGGGGAGGCGGUGCAGAACACUUUAGGGGCUGUAGUUGGUGCCAUCGACAUACCUCUUGGUAAGCAUUAGAUAUCCCGAAAAUGUAGAGACAGCUGGAUUUACAGCCUAAAAUUGUAAAAUAUUUGAAAUUAAAAUCUUGUGUCAUAUUUUCUGAAAGUCAAAUCAACUCUAUAAUCCCCUCAUCUCAUUUGCAUUCAGGCCUGGUAAAAGAUGCGGCCCGCCCGGCCUACUGGGUCCCAGAUCAGGACAUCCACUCCUGCAACGAGUGCCAGAAAGAGUUCUCCCCGCGCCUCUCUAUCCAUCACUGCCGCGCCUGCGGGCAGGGUGUGUGUGAUGACUGCUCUCAGGAGCGCCGCGCUGUGCCCUCCCGUGGCUGGGACCACCCGGUGAGGGUCUGCAACAGCUGUAACCAGAAAGCCGGGGACCUCUAGCAGGACGAGGAGGGAGAAACAGCGAAGGACCUCUGCCUCUUGAAGUGGAAACUGGAAUUUGACUGAAAGGCUGUUUUCUUUUUCAUGCCACUGGACUCUCUGUGGUGGAUCAGACUCUCUUGAUGUUUUUUAAUGAUGUCCUCACAUCACUUAAACCCCUUGUUGCCAUUUCCCUUUAAUACACGUAUAAUUUACACUGUGAUCAAAAACAGUCAGACCGAGACUUGAAUACGAAGAGCUAGGAUGAUGAAUCAUGUUAACAAUGUAAAAUGAGAGGCAGGAAAAAAAAAUCCAUGACCCUAUUUGAUCCUUUCCAGAUUAGUACCCAUGCACAUGAAGCCCUGACCUCUUUGACAAUCCCUCCCAGCGUGACUGACUCGUCCUAGUGGCACCUUUUUCGUUUGGUGCUUCAUGUGUGAAUCAUUAUCAGAAGUACUGACUGAGUAUCUUAAACUCACUCCAGGUUUUUGCACUUUUAAUCUCAAAGCUCUGGAUGUAGCGUUCAGGGACGACUUUGGAGGAAAGGGAUGGAAAACUUGAAAAUUGAUCCACCUCGAUUAAACCCGACAUCUGCUUCUUCUUUGGCUUCAGGGGGGAUUCACACAAUCAGAAGCUGAGGCUGUACUGUAGCACCGAGAUGCAUUCCAACUUAAAUAAUUAUCUAUUAAAUACGUAAUCCUUUGAGGAGCUUUGAGGAAGAUUGUAAUAGAGCAGCCUUAACGGUGCUGUGUAGAUUGGGACAUUUUUAGAUUUAAAAAUAUAAGGGAAUUAAAAGGUUUACUUUUCUGGGGUUGUAGGGAUAUUUUUAAAUGGCCUCGUUUUGUUCUUAAAAUGUCAAAACUACUAUCAGGAGAAAUCUGACUGCAGUGUAAUGAAACGUCAAAGAAACUGCUUUUAUAGAGUGGCUGGCUCACAGUAGCAAACGUGGUUCAGGAAAGACUUCAAUGUGUCUUUGAGGCUGGCCCCUCAAAACAGGAGCUGACUACUCAGGCUGCGUGGUGAUGUUGCCUUUACUGCAACAGGACUGUACUUGACAAUUGUCUGAAGAAUUCAACAUAUGAUGUUACAGGGGUAUUAUAAUAUCGGAGUAUUAUGACGGUUAUCCGGGGAUGUUCUUUCACUGAGUUGGUUUUAGUUUCAAUGUCACAACAAAUAAGCUGAAAUAAAAGUGAAGGAGGUCAACGUCAUCUCAGACAGAGAUGAUCAAUAAAUAUCACAAGGAACAAAUCGAUAAAUAUCUUUAUGUUCUUGUACGCCCAUAUAGUAUGUAAUAAACUGCAGAAAACUCA